ACCGAGAUAAAAAAAAGUUUCAAGUGGAAGAAUGAAAAAAAAAAAAAUGAAUCUGUAGGUGUAUCAAAUUUGACCCCGAAUGACUAUGGACAAAGGUAUUGGAGCACAAGCAAUCUGCCAUGUGGCAUAUUGCUGAAAAAAUCAUUGCUCAUUAAAUAAUCAAUUAUCAGCUAGUUAAUUUUAUAAACAAUAAAUUAAAAAUCAUGAUGCUACAAACAUUGCCAAUAAACAAGAUGAAAACUUUCAAGGAUUGAAAGUUGAUGAGACAAAAAAGAAAAAAAAAAAAAAGGAUGUAGAAAAAAGAAAAAAAAAAAGGCAUGCAAUGCCAGCAAUUCAUGAGACCGAAGCAUACUCUUGAGCUAACCAAGAAUUGCUCAUCAACGAUACAUAAUAAUUACUACAUCUAAUGUCAAAAUUUUAUUGUUUAUUUGUCAAAAUAAUAAAACCAGCGCAAAUUUUUUAUAAUAAAAUGUUAAUAAAUAUCAUAAAAUAUGGUAAAUUUAAUAAAAAUAUUAAAAAAGAUGGCGCGAAAUGAGCGCGAGCCACAUUGCCAAAUUCAAAAGAAAAUUGUAAGCUAAAUUUUUCAACAAUGGAAAUUGAAGAUAAUAACAUUGAACUGUUACCAUGUAGUUUUGAUUUUUAUGAAUUUACUGGAAAAGUUGGAGAGACAACAUUUUCAUGUAACAUUACUAAAAUGGAAAAUAGUUUAUAUGUUUGGAUUGGUGAUUGUGGAGAAGGAAAAAUGAAUGAUUUAUCAGGAGCUUUUAUGUCACAAUAUGACACACUUCCAGUAGCAACAAAAAUUAUUGGAUCAAUGGAAUGUACUGUAUCAUCAAAUUUUGCCAAAAAAUUAACUAAAAAAUGUGGAAAACCUGUUUAUGUUAGCUACAAUCUUAAAGUUGAUAAUAUGAGUCUACCAAAAAUUGAAAAAGUUGUAAAUGAUGAAUUAAAAACUCGUCCUGAUAUUUUUAAAUUUUAAAUAAAUAUUUUUUUAUUGUU